AUGCGGGAAUACAAGAUUGUCGUCCUCGGCUCGGGUGGUGUUGGAAAGAGUGCAUUGACCGUCCAGUUUGUUCAAGGCAUUUUCGUGGAGAAAUACGAUCCAACAAUUGAGGAUUCGUAUCGAAAACAGGUCGAAGUUGAUGGACAACAAUGUAUGUUGGAGAUUUUGGACACAGCUGGAACAGUAAGUUGUUAUUUUUAGUGGAAGUUUGAUUUUUAGGGCUAAAGGUGCCGUUUGCCUAUGGAUAAUAUAAAUUGUUAUUAAAAAACGAAGGUUUAGGUAAUAAACUAACUUUCAGGAGCAAUUUACUGCCAUGAGAGAUCUGUACAUGAAAAAUGGGCAAGGAUUUGUGCUUGUGUAUUCAAUUACAGCACAGUCAACCUUCAACGACCUUGUGGACUUGAGAGAUCAGAUUCUUAGAGUCAAAGACACAGAUGAUGUGAGUCUUUUGCUUUUCUUGUUUUGAAUUUUAGAUUAUACGAGUAUUUUCGAAUACAAGAAGGAUCAUACUUUGAGUUUUGACCGUUUUAUUCAUUUGAAAUUGACAAAAAAAAUUAAAAAGUUGGGGUUAAUAUGAGUAUGGUAAAAAUAACUGUAACUUUUGAUCGGCUUCGAAUUUCAGAAUUUUUGUUUUUCUAGUAGUUGAAGGGAUGUAUAGGCGAAUAUCAAGUAGAAUUUCGAGGUUUUAGGUGCUGGGUCAAAUAAGUUAUGGCACCAACUAAAUUUUUUGAAAAUAUUUAGCUAUUUAUAAUUUUUUUCUUUUUUAUUGAUGUUUCAAAGCUUUAAAAUUAACGUUUCUUUACGAAAGAAAGUAUUUUCAAUAUUAUAAACAUAUAUUUAUGUUAUCCUAAGCUAUAUUAUGUCCUAAAACCUUCAAUAACCCAUAUUGUUUUAGGUCCCCAUGAUUCUGGUAGGAAACAAAUGCGAUUUAGAAGACGAACGAGUUGUCGGCAAAGACCAAGGCCACAAUUUGGCCAGGCAAUUCAACAGUGCCUUCUUGGAGACGUCGGCGAAAGCCAAGGUGAAUGUAAACGAAGUAUUCCACGAUCUGGUGCGUCAAAUCAACCGACGAUACCCGGAAGCCGGUCGCAAUAGAAAUCAGAAGAAACAGUGCUGUAAAUGCAACAUUGUAUAA